AUGGGAGAGACCAUGCGCGCGGCAGUGAUCAGAAACCCGGGUCCGAAUUUCAGUCUCGAGAUCAUCGACAAGCCCAAACCUCAACCUAGAGAUGGUCAGCUUCUUAUCCGACUUAGCGUCACAGGAUUGUGCCAUUCCGAUCUUAGCAUGAUGCUGCGCGAAUGGUCGGGGUUCAAGUCGAGGAUGGAAACUCCUGGCCACGAGGGCGCCGGAGUGGUCGAAGCCCUCGGGAAAGGUGUGACGACGUGGCAAAUUGGAGACAAGGCCGGUGUCAAGGGGAUCUCAUGGGUGUGUCAUGAGUGCGAGAAUUGCAUGAAAGGCCGCGAACAACAUUGCCCUCGGGCAGAAUUUUCCGGUCUGACCAUGGAAGGAACUUAUCAACAGUAUAUUGUCGUCGCCGCCAACUACGCAACUCGAAUUCCAAAUAAAGUGGAUUUUCACUACGCGGCGCCCAUCAUGUGCUCAGGGCUUACAUCUUACUCUGCUCUACGAAAGAGUGGCGUUCGCGCUGGAGAGUGGGUGGUCGUGCUUGGUGCUGGAGGAGGGCUGGGUCAUUUCGCGGUCAUGAUCAGUAAAGCCAUGGGCGCACGUGUGAUUGCGAUCGACCAGGGCAAGGCCAAAAAAGAGUUAUGCUCGUCUCUUGGAGCACCCGAAUUCCUUGACAUUUCUUUAGAACCGGAUCCAGUUCAGCGCACGCUAGAGAUCACGAAUGGUGGAGCGCACGCUGUCAUCGUCACUUCGGCUCAUCCAUCCAGUUACGCCACAGCAAUGGACUAUCUACGGACUGGUGGAACUAUGGUUUGCGUCGGAUUACCUGCCACUGGCUCAGCUAUCGCUGGGGCCGAUCCGCACGAUUUCGUGACCAAAGGCAUCACUGUGAGAGGAACUUUCGUAGGAACACUGAGCGAAGCUGCAGAGGUGCUGGACUUGUGUGCGCAGGGGCUGAUCACGCCAGUUGUCACAAGGUUCCCCUUUGCGCAGCUCCCAGACGCGGUGCGGCUUUUGAAAGAAGGGAAAAUUGUUGGUCGAGCUGUAGUCGAUCUGUGGUCGUAG